AUGGCAAAAAUCGAAGUUAAAGACAUAGUCUCAUGGAACGACCUCAUCAAUGGCUACUCUCAGCUGGGGACUCCCAAAUCUUCAUCCUUAGUCAUGAAACUGUUCAAGCUUAUGCGGAAAGAGAAUACUUUUCCCGAUGCCCAUACUUUCCCCAGAUUUUUUUCUGCGGCAUCGAUUUUUAUGGACCCAUUUUGUGGCCAGCAAGCUCAUCCACUUGCCAUCAAAACAACUUGUUGUUCCGAUGUAUUUGUGAAUAGUUCUUUGUUAAACACGUACUGCAAAUGUGGCCUUAUUUGUGAUGUGUGUAAAUUGUUUGAUAGAAUGCCCGAGAGAAAUUCGAUUUCGUGGGCUACGAUGAUUUCUGGGUAUGCUAUGCAUCGGUUUGCUGGUUAUGCUUUGGAGGUUUUUAGGAUGAUGACGUGGUUGGAAAAGGAAGAUGUGAAUGAGUUUAUGGUAACUAGUGUUCUUAGUGGUGUUACCUUGCCAGAAUUUAUUGAUAUUGGUAAACAAAUUCAUUGUCUUGCUGUGAAAAAUGGGUUGUUAUCAGUUGGAAAUGCAGUCGUUACCUUGUAUGCAAAGUGUGGAAGCUUAGCUUACGCGCUGCAAAUGUUUGAGCUUUUGAGUGAGAAGAACUCUAUUACGUGGUCUGUGAUGAUCACUGGGUAUGCACUUUGUAGCGAUGGUGAGAAGGCAUUGAAAAUGUUCUCGGAUAUGCAUUUUUCUGGGAUGAGGCCUAGUGAAUUCACUCUUGUUGGGCUGUUCAAUGCUUGUAGUGAUGUUGGUGCUACUGUAGAGGGAAAGUAG